ACAGAACACGGAAUAAAAUGUGAACAUUUUGUCUUCUUUUACAUUGUAGGUAUGAGCUGCGUGGAUGACGCAAUAUGAGCAGCCGAGGAUCGGGCAUAUCGACAUACCGACGACUGACAGCAGGGCUUUCCCAGCAUCCUGAAUGAGGUCAGGAAACUGACUGUGCAACAGGAGUCCGGUGCCUGGAGCCUCCUCGCAGCCACCACCACUAGCAGCAGCCGCAGCCCAGGAGGGACCUUCCACCAUGUCUACACCUGAUGAGAGUAUUCCUGCUCCUAGCUCUCCAGGAACCACCAUCAGCGGAACAGAUGCCGCCAUCAUUGGGGGGACUGUGGCUGCUGUGGUCGUGGUGGUUAUUAUUCUAUUGAUAAUUUUUCUCCAGUACCUGUACCGACACAAGGGCACGUACCACACCAACGAGGACAAAGGCUCGGAAUUUGCAGAACACUCUGAAGCUGCUCUGAAAAGUGACCCCUCCUUGCAGGAGGCAGUAGAUGAGUCAAAAAAGGAAUAUUUUAUCUGACCGCCAGGGUCAUUGUGCCGCUUCACUAACAACGGCCUUUAAAGGGUGUUUACACUGCGGCGCUGUGUAACGAGGGCGCCAUUCUUGAGAUAUAUGUACAAAUAGAUACUUUAUGUCUCCGGGGGAUCAUUACUGAUGCUAUGGAUUAUGUGCUGGAAAAUCUGUUCUCGACACUUGGAUCAUCCAUCUACAAGGCUGAGUGGCCAUGGAGGUGUUCACCAUGGAGAUUUUGGGUACAAGGUCCAGGAAGUUAAUGAAGCGUUAACACUCAGGACCUGCUCUUAAUGGCCACAUUCAAAGCUGCAUCAAUUCCACUUGUUAAUAGAGAAAAAUAGAGAAACAUCAUCACUACACCUGGAACCUGCACUGACACGUCUUCAUGAGAUCUCCUGCUGCUUGUUGUCACAGAUACGUCUAUGAUGGACCAUAUGAUGGUGCAGAACAGAAGACAGAAACAUGGGGACACCACAGGGAAUAGCUGCUUUUGUUGUGUUUUUUAACAAAUACCACUAAUGUGUCUGCUAACCUUUUAAUUACCAUUGACAUUUGCUGUUUAUAGAUAUAGAAUUCAUCUACAUAAUCAGUUCAGCCACUU